AUGUCAUGGUGACCGUACGUGCGGCCAAACAAAUUACAGGGAAAUUGCGUCACCUGCAGGAAUUUCCACUCAGCAUUGUCAAAUGGCAUCAGAAAUCGUUGGACAUGUUGUAACAUUAAUUUGACAUUUUACGGCCCAGGACAGGGAUCGACUCCUUAACAAUCUGGCCCCAGACCGCAGAGCAACACAGGACAACGGCAGACAUCUGUCGAGCGGACCAAGGAUGCUGGAGCCACCAAGAGAUCUUGCACCAACAUAUCCGAAGCACUCGGAAAAAUAUAA